GACAGGUCAUGUGACUCUCAACGACGAACUUGUUGACAGUUGGAUGGGAAAUUUUCGUCUUUAUAGUAUAUCAAACAUUGUUUGUAAUACAUCAUUUUACACAACGUCCUUCAGGCUAUAUUAAACUUCAUAUCUUGUUCGAUGGAAUAUGAAAAUCAAAGCCUUAUUUUUUUAUGUCAGUCGUGAGUGUCCGUUCGAUGAGGGCUGCCUGUAUGCAUUGAUCUGAAUUCAACAAUGGCUGUGUGGAUAAAGGUAGCAUUACUGUUGGUCUACCUGUCAGUGUUGUUUAUUCUCACACGCCUGCUGGAGGCGACAAUAUGGUAUGAGCAAGGCCAGAUGUCCCUGCAGUUCCUCGACCCCAUGACCCUGUCGGUGCUGCGCUUGAAAGCCAUCCUAGAACAGAGGGGGGUCAGCUUUGAGAACAUGCUGGAGAAACAGGAACUGUCCAACCUUGUUCAGGCUACAGGUCCAGUGCGGGGGGAGGAGCUGCAGGUGACUCAGUCCAGUGAGGACACACCCAUCACCAACUACACCAGCGACCUUGACUUCUAUGAACAGGUGGAGGAUGCCAAGGACAGCAUGUGGUUGGUGGAGGUGGUGGUAGAGGAACGCCCUCUGCUGUCUGACAGUGGCUGGCACAGCAUACGAUUAUCCCUCACAAAGUUCGGAGUCAGAUUUGGACGCUUUGAUUGCCAGCAUCAUACCAGGAUGUGCACACGGAAAGGCUGGUUUUCAUCUCGACUGGUCCUCGCCGUGCCAGAGAACUUCCUCAGCAAGGCCAACGUGGUGCUGUACACUUACCCAGGACCCAUGAAAGUGAACGCUAUCUUUGAAUGGAUCAAGCAGAACAGCAACCAGCAGGUCAAGCAGGUGGAGGACGCAUAUGACCUUCAGGAUAACUGGCUGACCUUCCCAGCAGCCCUCAGUCCCCAGGUUCGAGUGCUGUGUCUAUCUACACUCACCAGUGUACCAUUAUUUCUGUCCUCACUUAGUGUGAAAUUUCCGGGGAGAGUGAAAAUUGGAAGAGUAAACGCAGCAACUAAAAAGGGGCAGGAAAUUGUAAAGAAGUUGGAUAUAAAAAAAGUUCCAUCCUAUCUUGUUUUGACAAAACAAAAGAUAUAUUACUAUGGUUAUCAAAGAGGUGAAGUUAUGACGUUUAAGGCGUGGGAAAUAUUUCUUAAGUGUGCGUAUCCGAACAUGAAUGAUAUAUUUAUAUGGAGCAUAAUUUUAACAAAUAUUGCUGGCUGUUUUGAGGUUUGUCUUGCAAAUGGAGGGAUAUUUAAGAGAGUGAUAAAAUUGCUAUUUUGUCUUUUUCAGUAUAAUAUAAUUCUUCUACUUGUCUGGAUAUUGACUCUGGGUUUAUUGCAGCUUCCCUUUGUUGAGCACCUAACUUUUACAUCCUUGCAAGUUAUUCGUAUUUUCACCCUGGAUCCAAUAUUCUCAGUGAUCCGUAAUGACCUUCUUGUUUAUUCCUCCAAUUACACAAUUCCAGUGUGUACUUUGUUGGUACUGAUUGCCAUUGUUAGCUAUUUUAAACCAUCAUCAGCCCAGGAAUCUGAGGAAGAAUCAGACUGGUGGAAUUUCUCCAACCUUAGAACACUGAACUAUCACAAUGGCUGGGAAAUGAUGAGGCUGCGGCCCUUUGACCAGAUCUUCAACCCUUCGUUUGGCACCCCAGCCGCUACUGACAUAGAGCAUCAGUCGCCUGUCACAGUGAAUUCCCUAGAAUAUAUCAGUCUGUUGCCUGUUUGGCUACAUGUACAACACACUUGUAAGUGUACAAUCAGUUAUCUAUUUUCAAGCGAAUAUACAGGCAUGAAUUCCUCUCCUACUAUGGAUCUGACACCAUCAAUCGUGCAUUGCUGUGAGUGUGGAGCAGAAAGUGCUACAUUAGACAGCAGUCUGAGCGGAAGCAGUGAGAUAACUAAUGAUGUCCUUGAGAUGAGCACACUUGGCUCCACAGCUCACUUACCAUGGAAUGGUCUGCCACACUGUGCAAGAAGUAGUACAAUUAAGAACAAGAACAUCCACAGGGGCCGACCAAUCAGCUAUCUGGUUGACAGCCAUUGUGUGAUCUGUCUGGAGGCCUAUCAGGCAGGGAGCCAACUGCGAGGGUUGCCGUGUCGACAUGUGUUCCACGACAAGUGCAUCCUGACCUGGCUGCUCAGGGACAACCACUUCUGCCCCACGUGUCGCUUCCCUGCGUUCCAGAUCUCCGAUUACAAUGAUCAGCACAGUGAGUAGCCCAGGAGUAUAUGAGGCUCAUUCUGGGAAAAGUGGGCUUAAUGCAUGUACAGCACCACAAAAACAUUGAAUAAUAAAGAGGAAGGUGACAAAUUAAAAAAUAAAAAAACCUGAGGAAGAAAACAACUUAUUUUUAUUGGAAAAUGGGGAAAAACUGUAAGAUUACAGAAUAAAAAUAACAUGUACAUAAAAAUGAUAAAUUGCAAAAACUGGUGAUAUCGUGAAAUAAUGCUAAAGAGGACCGUUUGAAAUAAUGUGAUAUUUGAUGAAUCUAUAGGCGCUACAGAAGACUUCACACAUGAGAAAUCAAAGAAAGUGACAUGAUGCUUUGCUUUAAAGCGUGUUUUGUAGACAAAAGUUUUUUUUGUGUGUCUGUAAGUUGUUGUUCUUGAUAUUAUUUCCAUGACUGUGUCUGGACAAUACUUUGUAGUUCUUAAUAUAAUGGUCACUCCUUAUGAAGUUUUGGGAGAACUGAGCUUAGUGCAUGCAGGUAAUGGGUCUAAAUAGGGGCAACACUUUUCACCUAAUGUGGAUUGUUUAGAAGAUACUGCACAGGCUAAUCUAAGAUGACACUAACGGUAAUAAAAAUGCAUUAAGCCCAGUAUUCCCAGACCAUGGCUUUAAAAGAGAUGAACAAUUACAUAGUAAAGUGCUAGCUCUUUGAAAUUGCAUGUUUGUGCAAACUGAAAUAAAACAGAAAUGGUACUAAACUUCCAGCAUAAAAAAGCAGUGAAUCUGUUCAGUUGUAUACACAAUUUGUAUGCCUUCAGCAGAAUGGGUUAUGGCAGUUAUACUGUCCAUCAGUCCGUUAUCUGGCAUUUCAUUUUCUGAAAUUUUCUUUAUUUCUUUGAGAUAUUCACUUGAUUUUGGUAUGUGAGUCUACCUGCGCCAGUUACAGAUCACAUUUAAGUUUCAUUUGGGUCCAUUGAUUUUUGGGAAGUAAUGGGCCCUUGACUUUUUCUCUCAUUAAUACUAUUGAGGACUUUUUUACUAAAUGCUUGCAGAUAUUUACCUGAUGCUUGGUGUGUGUGUAUUAGUCUAUCUACAUGACUAGCUCUAACAGAUAAAAUUGGCGUUUUUUUCCAGUCAAAUGAUUUUCAACAGAGUUAUGGGCCUUGGACUUUCACUUAAUAAACACUUCCAGAAUUUUUCAGCGAAACACUGCAAGAUAUUUACCUGAUUCUGGUGUGGAGUCGACCUGCAUGACUUUCAGAUUAAGGUUGAUUUUUUUUUUACAUAUUUGAAGUUUUUAGACAAAAGUGGAAUGAGGGAGCAUAUGUGCCUUUACGGGCACACAUAUUGUUUAUUUCUUAAGUGCGAUUCAAUUAUAUUUUACAUUAUUCUCCACUUCACUUCAUUGUUAUUUUGUCUUAAUACUUCAAUGCCAUUUUACAGCAAUUUAAUAAAUUUAAGAGUUGACAUGUUUUCCAGCAACUUCAGUGUACCCACAACCACAUUAAGAAGAUAAUGUUCUUUAAUAUAAUUGUGUCUUGUUCUGUAAAAAUUGGGCAAAAUGCAUGUGCGUAAAGUUUCGUCCGCACAGGCUAAUCAAGGACAACACUUUCCGCUUUAAUGGUAUUUUUCGUUUUAAGGAAGUCCUUUUUAUCUGAAAAUCUAGUGUAAGCGGAAAGUGUUGUCCUUGAUUAGCCUGUGCGGACUGCACAGGCUAAUCUGGGACGACACUUUACGCACAGGCAUUAUGCCCAGUUUUCUCAGAACGCGGCUCAGUUAAACAUAAUCUAGAUACAGUAUUUGUUGACAGUUAUUAAGUCCACUCUUAUUUAUGUUCAUUUCACAUCUGGUAAUAAUAUGGUUUACUCGCUUUUAUUUGUUACAUGUGUUUUUCAUGAUUUAUUACUGUUGGCAGUUCACAAUUAGUUUGAGGACAUCAUUUACUAAAAUGCCAUAAAAGGAAAGUGCUUUAAUUUUCCCAUUGUAUUAUUUUGCCAUAUCUUAUUAAAAGUAUUUAAAACUACAGUGUAUCUUUAUUCAGGAUACUAGUUAUUCACCUCUUUAAAUAAAAGCAGAAUUCUU